GUUUGGAGCCCCCCGUUUUGGAGGAAGUAGAGGUGGACCUCUCUCUGGGAAGAAAUUUGGAAACCCUGGGGAAAAACUUACAAAAAAGAAAUGGAAUUUAGAUGAGCUGCCCAAAUUUGAGAAGAACUUCUAUCAAGAACAUCCUGAUGUAGUUAGACGUACUGUGCAAGAAGUUGAACAGUACAGAUCAAGCAAAGAAGUCACAGUUAGGGGCCAUAACUGUCCAAAACCGAUUAUAAACUUCUAUGAAGCUAACUUUCCUGCGAAUGUUAUGGAAGUGAUUCAGAGGCAGAACUUCACUGAACCAACUGCUAUUCAAGCACAAGGUUGGCCUGUUGCAUUGAGUGGAUUGGAUAUGGUUGGAGUGGCACAGACUGGAUCAGGGAAAACACUGUCUUACUUGUUGCCUGCUAUUGUGCAUAUAAAUCAUCAGCCAUUCCUGGAGCGAGGAGAUGGACCUAUUUGUCUUGUGCUGGCACCAACUCGUGAACUGGCUCAACAAGUGCAGCAGGUAGCUGCUGAAUAUAGCAGAGCAUGUCGUUUGAAGUCUACUUGUAUCUAUGGAGGUGCUCCAAAGGGACCACAAAUUCGUGACUUAGAAAGAGGUGUGGAAAUCUGCAUUGCAACACCCGGAAGGCUUAUAGACUUCUUAGAAGCUGGAAAGACUAAUCUCAGGAGGUGUACUUACCUUGUCCUCGAUGAAGCUGACAGGAUGCUUGACAUGGGAUUUGAACCUCAGAUCAGAAAAAUUGUGGAUCAAAUAAGACCUGACAGGCAAACUCUGAUGUGGAGUGCCACGUGGCCAAAGGAAGUAAGGCAGCUGGCUGAAGACUUUUUGAAAGAAUAUGUACACAUCAACAUCGGUGCGUUAGAACUAAGCGCAAACCACAACAUUCUUCAGAUUGUGGAUGUGUGUCACGAUGUAGAGAAAGACGACAAGCUGAUUCGUUUGAUGGAGGAAAUAAUGAGUGAGAAGGAAAAUAAAACAAUUGUUUUUGUGGAAACCAAAAGAAGAUGUGAUGAUCUUACUAGAAAAAUGAGGAGAGAUGGGUGGCCAGCAAUGGGUAUUCAUGGUGAUAAAAGUCAGCAGGAGAGGGACUGGGUUCUAAAUGAAUUCAAACAUGGAAAAGCACCAAUCCUGAUUGCUACAGAUGUUGCAUCCAGAGGUCUAGAUGUGGAAGAUGUGAAAUUUGUCAUCAAUUAUGACUACCCUAACUCCUCAGAGGACUAUAUCCACCGAAUUGGACGAACUGCCCGCAGUACCAAAACAGGCACAGCAUACACAUUCUUUACUCCUAACAAUAUUAAGCAAGUAAAUGACCUCAUCUCUGUGCUUCGUGAGGCUAAUCAAGCCAUCAACCCCAAAUUGCUUCAGUUGAUUGAAGACAGAGGUUCAGGUCGUUCCAGAGGUGAUCGACGUGACAGAUACUCUGCGGGCAAAAGGGGUGGAUUUAGUAGUUUUAGAGAGAGGGAGAACUUUGAGAGAAACUAUGGUGCACUAGGAAAGAGAGACUUUGGAGCAAAAACUCAAAAUGGGGCUUACAGUGCCCAAAGUUUCAGUAAUGGAACUCCAUUUGGAAAUGGCUUUGCAGCUGCAGGCAUGCAAGCUGGCUUCAGGGCUGGUAACCCUGCUGGAGCUUUCCAGAAUGGCUAUGAGCAGCAGUAUGGAAGUAACAUUGCAAAUAUGCACAAUGGCAUGAACCAACAGCAGUAUGCGUAUCCUGCCACUGGUGCUGCUCCUAUGAUAGGUUACCCAAUGCCGACAAGUUAUUCUCAAUAACUUAGUGUAUUUAAAUGUCUCAGUUUUUCAUAAUUGCUCUUUAUAUUGUGUGUUAUCAAAACAGGAUAGUUAUUUAAGAAAUGGGAAAUGCAGAAAUGACUGCAGUGCAGCAGUAAUUAUGGUGCACUUUUCGCUAUUUAAGUUGAAUAUUUCUCUACAUUCCUGAAACAAUUUUUAGUUUUUUGUACUAGAAAAUGCAGACAGUGUUUUCAAAGUAAAUGUACAGUGAUUUGAAAUACAGUAACAGAAGGCAGUGCAUGGCCUUCCAAUAAAGAUAUUUGAAGACCGGAUUUUCUUUCAGAUGGCAAUUUUCUCAACAUGUGCACAACUUUACAUUAAUGGAAUGUCAAAUGUUUUUAUAUUAAAUUCUAGAAAGGUUUCUCAA